UGUGCCGAGCCGAGCCGAGCCGUGCCCGGGUGCCGCGGUGCCGCGCCGAGCGGCGGGCGGGGAUGCUGCUGCUGCCGCCGCCGGCUCCCCCGCCCGCCCCGCGCCGCCGCCGCAGCCCCGCCAGACGCAGCGCGGCUCGGAGCGCGCACGGAGCCUCCCGCAGCCGCCGCCAUGGCCCGGAACCGCCGGGACAGGAGCAGCUGGGGUAGUUUUGCAGACAAGACUUACGAGUGGAGCUCAGAGGAGGAGGAAUCUGUGAGGAAGGCAGGGCCAGUGCAGGUGCUCAUUGUCAAAGAUGACCACUCCUUUGAGCUGGACGAAGCCGCCCUGAACCGCAUCCUCCUCUCCGAGGCUGUCAGAGACAAGGAGGUCGUGGCUGUGUCCGUGGCUGGAGCUUUUAGGAAAGGAAAAUCCUUCCUGAUGGACUUCAUGCUGCGCUACAUGUACAACAAGGAAGCAGUGGACUGGGUUGGGGACUACAACGAGCCCCUGACUGGUUUCUCCUGGAGGGGCGGCUCCGAGCGGGAGACGACCGGCAUUCAGAUCUGGAGUGAGGUUUUCCUGGUGGACAAACCCGAUGGCACCAAGGUAGCAGUGCUGCUGAUGGACACACAGGGCACCUUUGACAGCCAGUCCACCCUGAGGGACUCAGCCACCGUGUUUGCCCUCAGCACCAUGAUCAGCUCCAUCCAGGUUUAUAACUUGUCCCAGAAUGUGCAGGAGGAUGAUCUGCAGCACUUGCAGCUUUUCACAGAGUAUGGCAGGCUGGCCAUGGAGGAGACAUUCCAGAAGCCUUUCCAGUCCCUUAUAUUCCUUGUUCGUGACUGGAGCUUCCCUUAUGAAUUCUCCUAUGGAUCUGAUGGUGGUGCAAGAUUUUUGGAGAAGAGGCUGAAGGUGUCUGGCAAUCAGCACGAGGAGCUGCAGAAUGUCAGGAAGCACAUCCAUUCCUGCUUCACCAAAAUCUCCUGCUUCCUCUUACCUCACCCUGGCCUCAAAGUCGCCACCAACCCCAAUUUUGAUGGAAAACUCAAAGAAAUAGAUGAUGAGUUCAUUAAGAACUUGAAGAUUUUGAUUCCUUGGCUUCUUAGUCCUGAAAACCUGGAUGUUAAGGAGAUCAAUGGAAACCACAUCACCUGUCGAGGCCUUGUGGAGUAUUUUAAGGCCUACAUAAAGAUCUACCAAGGGGAGGAGUUGCCACACCCCAAGUCAAUGCUGCAGGCCACAGCAGAAGCCAACAAUUUAGCAGCAGUUGCCACUGCCAAAGACACCUACAGCAAGAGGAUGGAAGAGGUGUGUGGAGGGGACAAACCCUUCCUGGCCCCCAGCGACCUGCAGGCCAAGCACGCCGAGCUGCGGGACGAGGCCGUGCGGCUUUUCCGCGGCGUCAAGAAGAUGGGAGGGGAGGAGUUCAGCAGGAAAUACCUGCAGCAGCUGGAGGCUGAGAUUGAUGAGCUCUACAUCCAGUACAUCAAACACAACGACAGCAAGAACAUCUUCCACGCCGCCCGCACCCCGGCCACGCUCUUUGUCGUCAUCUUCAUCACCUACGUGCUGGCCGGCGUCACCGGCUUCGUGGGCUUGGACAUCGUAGCCAGCCUGUGCAACAUGGUCCUGGGCUUGACCCUGAUCACUCUCUGCACCUGGGCUUAUAUCAGAUACUCUGGGGAGUACAGAGAACUGGGAGCUGUAAUAGAUCAAGUGGCUGCAGCCUUGUGGGAUCAGGGAAGCACAAAUGAGGCCUUGUACAAGCUGUACAGCGCGGCCGCCACGCACAGACACCUGUACCAGCAGGCGUUCCCCGCGCCGCGGGCCGAGCCCGCGCAGGGCUCCGACAGGAAGAAGCUCUAGGAACCGCACCGGGGCGAUCCCGCGGGCUCGGGCGUGUCCCGGCCCGUGUACAUACGGCACCGCCGCAGCCCAGAGCUUUGGUUCGUCAUUGCCAGCGACUCCCGGCUCCUUUAUGAAGCCUUAUUUCCCUUUAAUUAGUCACCACCGAGGAAACGAUCAUUACGUGAUACCACGACUAAAAAGGCCGAAGCUUAUCCAAAAGCCAAUUUGUUUCAGGUACUUGAAGAAGUUAUAACAUGUAACCACGUUUUUUUCCUUCGUUUAACUGUUCAAUGACAUAAACAUAAUUAAAAUGUAUUAACUUGCUUUAUCAGACACUGUAAGGGCACUUCUGCUAUGGUCUGUGAACGGUGCUGUUUGUCUGCACAAAGUGUCACUUUGUAGCUGUGCUGGAGGAAGUUUCACUGUAUUUCUGUACAUAUUUAUCCAUGAUAGUGCAUAGGAUGUGUGGUACAGUUCUAUUCUUUUAUUGUCAGGACUAUUAAAGUUUGCUUUUGGUUCCUAAGAA